CAAUAGGGACAAGGCGCCGUCAGGCUUUGUCGGCUGAGCUGUAGUUCGGGUGGUGUACAGGAUUUUAAUUUUGGUGUUUUUUUUGAAAACGCAAAAAAACCUCACGAAAUUAUUACCCAGAGUUGAAAUAAUUGGCAGCCGUUCAAUGAUCCUGUGAGCGAUCAUUCGAACCGCGUUCUUUUACUAUUUCUUUCCUUUCUAGAAUAUUCCAUCGGCGGCUGCUGGGAAAUUUUCGGAUUGUGUGCGCGUCGCCACUUUUCCUGAAUCAUGGCACAAGUUGGAACUUCACCAAUCAUACAGGAGGAGCCCUCCAGCGCUGAAAAUCUUCUGGCAGUAAAAUUCCUUAUGUCAGCCUUGGAGUCUAUGUGCCAGGAAAUUGCAAAGUCAAAAGCUGAAGUGGCUUGUAUUGCUGUAUAUGAGAAAGAUAUAUUUGUCGUGGGGACCGAGCGAGGAAGAUCUUUCAUUGGAAGCCGAAAGGAUUUUCAAACUGAUUUUGUCAAAUACUGUGUGGCUGAGGAGCAAAAGGCAGCAGAAAAACUCAGAAAUGAAGAUGUCCUUUGUGUGACACCAGUUGCAUUGGAUAAUAAGGCUGACAUUGGAACAAAAAGAAAAUCAGUUGAGGAGCUGUUCUCUUCACUGUAUGGUAAAGCUCUUGGGAAACCUACUCCAAGCCCUGUGCCAUAUGAUAAGAUCUUGAAGGACCCAGCUGCUGUUGUAAUACAAGGACUGCCUGAUGGCGUGUGUUUUAAGCACCCUUCAUGUUAUGACAGUGUGACACUAAAAAAGAUUUUGGAGCAAAAGUCACAGCUUGCAUUUGUAAUAAAAAGGCCAUUUCAGGAUGCUGCCAUUCAUCGUGUGGAAAAGAAACAACAGCCAGCUGGAAAGGAAAACUCUCAGAUGCCACCUGCCAGCUUUGUUCCAGUUCAGGUGAAAACUGAGCCAUCGGAUGACAACCAACCUAGCACAUCCGUUGAGCCGGUUGCAAUCAAAGCAGAGCCAGAAGAUCCAGAUUAUUAUCGAUACAGUGUUCAAGGACCUAGUGCAACUACUUCAGAAGCUAGUGAUACUGAGGCAGCUCCCCAGUCAAAGUCUUACCAAGAAAGUGGGCCCCAGAAAGAUGCUGAUGUAUCAAGUGAUGAGACUGAGGAGGAAUUUACAGCUGAUGAUUCGACACAGCAGGAAUAUUCCGAAACCAGCGAAGAUCCAGAAGUUGAAGUAACUAUAGAAGAUGAUGAAUAUUUUCCACCAAAUAAACGACCAAGAAAUACUGUACAGCCAACAGAUACUGGGACCAUGGUGAAAAGGAAAAGUAGGGAGUUCAAUUUUGAACAAUGGAAUGCCAGAAUUACCGAGUUGAGAAAACAAGUUGAAGAUCUUUUUGAAAGCAAAUAUGCUCAAGCCACACUCGCUACCGGGCCAGUUGUGAUCCCAUAUCCACUCUUCCAGUCCAACUCUGAAGACCUUUGUGUUGAUGGUUUACCUGAAGGCAUUCCAUUUAGACGGCCAUCCACUUAUGGCAUUCCAAGAUUGGAGAGGAUCCUACUAGCAAAAGAUCGGAUAAAAUUUGUUAUUAAAAAACCAGAAUUGUUGGCAACUGAACAGGAAGAAACUGCUCCAGACAAAACUGUCCCUGGAGCAAAAGAAGAGUGGAAUACCCGAAUCACUAAACUAAGGAGAAUGGUUGAAGAACUUUUCAGCAAGAAAUACGCUGAAGCCAUGGGACAAACGCAAGCAAUGAUUGUGCCCUAUCGCAAAUUUGAAUCUCACCCUAAAGAACUUUACGUGGAGGGCUUACCUGACAACAUUCCAUUCAGAAGCCCUUCUUGGUACGGUAUCCCUAGGUUAGAGAAGAUCCUACAAGCAAGUGAUCGGGUUAAGUUUGUUAUUAAAAGAUCAGAUCUACUGGUUAAUGAGCAAACUGAAUCCAAUGUACAGAGAUUAAACCUGACAGGUUCUGGCCCUAACACUGAUCAUUUUAGGGACAGACUGAUGCCAUCUUUUGCUGAUGCUGCAGGGAAAGAAGAUUGGAAUAUCCGAAUUACUAAACUAAGAAAGCAGGUUGAAGAAAUAUUUAAUACAAAAUUUGCUGAAGCUCUGAACCUUCCAGAACCAGUGAAGGUUCCAUAUCCAUUAUUUGAGUCCAAUCCACAACAUCUCUAUGUAGAAGGGCUGCCAGAUGGAAUUCCGUUCAGAAGCCCUACAUGGUUUGGAAUACCUAGACUAGAAAGGAUCAUUCGAGGAAGUGCAAAAGUAAAAUUUUUUGUGAAAAAGCCAGAACUUGUGGAGCCUCACCUCCCUGAUAGAUUGAAGAAAGGAAAACGCACAGAUGGAACCCCACCCAGCAACAGAGGGAGGAGACGUGUUUCCCGUCCACCCGAGCCGAAUUUAGCACGAACCGUUAAAGACUCCAGCAGUUCUGCACCAGAAAAAGUUCAAGUACCAACAACUCCAAGCAGCCCAGAGAUUGAAGUUACCAUUGAAGCUUCUGAUGAAACUCCUCCAGUUAAGGCAGUAGGAAAUAUUGCACCAGCAAAUGAUUCAAAUGCUACAUUCAAACAAAGAGGCAGGGAGUUCUCUUUUGAACAGUGGAAUGCGAAAAUCACCGAGUUGAAACAGCAAGUGGAGACAUUGUUCAAUGAAAAAUGCAGUGAAGCAUUGGGUGUUUCAGAACCAGUGAGAGUACCUUAUGCAUUGUUCGAAUCACAUCCAGAUGAUUUCUACAUUGAAGGCUUGCCCGAUGGUGUCCCUUUCAGGAGGCCGUCAACCUUUGGAAUUCCUAGGUUGGAAAAGAUUCUCCGAGCAAAAGCCAAGAUCAAAUUUAUAAUUAAGAAACCAGAUUUGUUUCAGACUGCAUUACAGGAAGCUUCCAAACGCCCCCAGACAAGGUCACAAACCUCCUUGGAAGAGAAAACACCAGAGGUGAAGAAGCCAGCACCACCUACUACUAUUGCUGCUCCCACUGCAGGUUUAGAAAAUCGAGCUGCUGCGUUACCCACUGCAACGGGUGUUGAAGACCUUAAUAUCAUUCAAGUUACAGUCCCAGAAGGUGAAAAUGAAAAAGUAUCGAAAGUGGAAAAAGCCAGACAACUGAGAGAACAAGUAAAUGACCUGUUCAGCAAGAAAUUUGGCGAAGCAAUUGGAAUGAACUUCCCAGUGAAGGUUCCUUACAGAAAGAUAACCAUCAAUCCUGGAUGUGUUAUAGUUGAUGGCAUGCCUCCAGGAGUUCCCUUUAAAGCACCAAGUUACCUUGAAAUAAGUGCCAUGAAAAAAAUCCUGGAAUCUGCAAACUUUAUCAAAUUUACAGUCAUAAGACCUUUUCCAGGGCUUCUAAUUAAUAACCAGCUAGCUGAACAAAGUGGAACAGAGGUACCACCAGAUGCAGUAGCAGCACCAUCAACAACUCCUCCUCCACCUCCAUCGGUGGUACAGAUUGUCCCACUGGAACAAGCCCCAGAGAUGCCACCUGUAUCACUGGUCCCGCUUUUAUCAGCAGCACAAGGACCUGAUGUCAGUCUGCAUGAGAAAUCUGAGCCUCCAGAAUCAUCCAGUGGAGAGCUGUGAGCUUCAGAAAGCUUGGGCAUCAGCUGUGUAUUAUAAUUGUACAACAUAGGAAAAUGUUUGCUUAUAUCCAGACCUUUUUGUACCAUUCAAAAGAUUUUUUCUUUUUUUAAUCAGCACAAGAUGAAUUGCUUCUGUGAAAUUCACCAAAUUUUGUCUCUUUGGUUGAGGGAGUGUUCUGUACAUCUGACUUGUCAACCAGAAUACCUUUAUUAAAAUGAAGAAAACAAUA